AUGGUGCCCUCCAUGUUGAAGAAAAUGAAGGUUAAAAGUCAUCGUCAAGCUCAGGCAAUGGUCUUCAUCCUCAUCUUGGGAGUUGCUCGCCUGCUUCUGGAAUAUGCCAGGCUUCCCGGGAGCUCACCUUCUGUGGGCAAAAUGAGGAUCACAUAUGAGCCUAUGUUGGCAGGGACCUCCGAUCGUUUUUCAGAAGUUAAGGAGCACUGUACUAUUGUUGCAAGUGAAGCAUCUUCAUAUCCGCUUGAUGGAAGUUGGUGGUUUCCAAGCGAACUAUCUCUUCGAUUUUCUGGAGAAUGGGAGCAGAAGGGAUCUGUGCCUCUUUUGUCUUUACAUUCCGGAAAGGACGACAACAUUUUCAAAGUGGCUUCUUUAUUACUAAUUACCCACAGCUCAGAUUUCCAGGCUGAACGCAAAACCAAAGUUGCGAAUCUCACCGCAUCUCUAUGCUUGCACAUAUCCAAUAGUAAGACCUGGAUAGACUCUGAAAAUCAGCCGGGCAUAACUGAUCUUUGCAUAUACUUCCAAGGAAUCUAUGCAGAAACAAAUAGCGGAGAACAGAAGCUGUGUAUGUUGGGUCGAGCGAAGAUGGCCCUGCGGGAUAGUAAUGUUUCUGUUCGCUCGGAAUGGUCUGGGCCUUCUUUGGUUGAAGAUGAUAAAAUUCUACUUCACCUGCAGAUUCCGCCUUGCAAUGGGCUAACCGGUGGAAAGAUUGUUGGGCGAUUGGCAAGCUUCCAUGUUUCAGAUCAUCCCAUGUUCUUUGAUCCUGUCGAUGUUAACUUCCCAUUGGAUUACUCGCCGCCCUACAAAUUCAUUACAGACAGCAUGGUGGAAAGUGCCUGCAGUGCAGAGGUUCAUGAAAAUAAGUUCACAGAUCUGGAAUUGUACAAGGGGAAAACUCAAUGCUGCGAAUUAAUAAGGUCAAUAUUGGAGUAUUGGACUUUGGAGGGAAUACCAAAUUGGCAAUGCAAGGGCCCAGUAGAGUAUUGUAACAGGGUUGGUCCUUUCUCCAAUCAAGAGGGCUUCAGCAACUGCGGGAUUAUUAUUCGAAGUUUUCAAUGCUUUGAAUUCGAUGAAAAUUCAGAUAUCAAUAUCAGUGCAACUAUUGGUGUUGUGCCUGAAGUAGACAACACCGGGAGAUCUGGAUUAGAAUCAGUCCGAGAGGACCAAAACACAAUGUGGAUCCAAGGAAAAUGGAGAAAAGCAUCCCCAGGUAAGAUUUGUAUGGUGGGAUGCUUUGCAUCUACCCCUACCCCUACUUGUGAUUUUCUAGUCUGUCUCUACAUUCCAAAAUCUCUUUCACUCAAGCAGCGCAAUAUGGUAGUGGGUUUUAUAUCUAGCAUUCAUAGGGACUCCAAGGCCUUUUAUCCUCUUUCCUUUGAGCACCCAAUACAGCCUCGUAUAUCUCUGCCUUAUGGUCUCUACGAUGAAAUGUCAUACCAUUACGCCAAGAAUAAUAUUGCAGAGUCUGUCUUGGAGAGAAAAAAUUCAAAGAGUCUGGGUAAUCUGAUACGGUGGCAUCUAUUCAAGUAUCCCUGGAAGGAAAUAGGACAAUCGAGGGAUAGGUUAUAUGUCUUGGGUAGAGACCUUUCAGUGCAUUCAACCAUCGCUUCGAGCGGAGUAAACUCAAAUACUAUGAUGAAUUUGGAUAUCAUAGCUAUGGACAAGUUUGUGGGGAUGGAUUUAUCAGAUACAUCACAUGGUUUUAACUAUGCACGAGAAUCGUGCCCCUUGAAGCAAGAGCAAAUCUCUCAAGAGGAAAGCCCGUUUCUCAAAGUGGCAGCACAGCUCAAAUUGGACGGAUUUUUUCCUACAUUGUUUAAGCUAUCCAUCGAGGGUGUGUACGAUCCGCAAGGAGGCCAGAUGAGUCUUGUAGGCUGCCGGGAUAUUCGGGAUCAGAGAGAAAUUCUUCACAGCAAUACCAGUAUAGAUGUAGAAGAUGGUCUGGAUUGUCAAAUUGAACUAAAAUUACAAUACCCACCAACUAAUUUCAAGCUUUUGAUAGAUAGGUCUGUCAAAGUGUCAAUCAGGAGCAACAGAACAGAGAGCGAUCCGCUCUAUUUCAAGCCAGUGCAGUUCCAUACAGGACAAAUUUUGUACAUUGGAGAGACAGCAGAAGCUAUUCCUCGCAGAAUUUUGGAGCCAGUGCUCAACAUUUUGUCUCUCUGCCUUGCAACUGCCUGUAUAGCGAGUCAAUUGGAGUAUGUUCUGCACAAUGCACAAGCAGCUGCAUACAUUUCACUCUUGAUGGUGGGCACCCAAGCUCUGGGUUUCGGUAUUUCUCUCACAACUGGGAUAGAUCACUUCUAUUUUGCAAGCUCAGAUUCUUCUUCCAAAGAGGGACAUUAUACCUGUUCAAUGGAAGAAAACCUUUCUUCGCUGUUUGAUGUCCUAAUCAAUGCCAUGCUAUUGAUUGCAUUUACCUUCACAGUAAGACUUUUCUAUACAGUUUGGCAAUCUCGUCUUCGUCUCAGCAAAGUACCAAGCGAAAAAUGGGUGCUUCUCUGGUGCGGAGUUAUGUACGCCAUUGGUUUUGUCAUCGAGAUUUGUAUUGGCAUUUCUAAACCCUACUGUAAUACUGUAACCCGAUUCGGCGGUAGAGCCCAUGUGAAGAUGGAUUGGAAGGAGAUUGUUAGGCCAUAUGUGGGAUUGUUUCAGGACUUUUUUUUGCUUCCUCAAGUUUUGUGGAUUUCUGAAUGGAAAUAUAACGGUGAACCUGUGAGGAAAUUUUAUUACCUUGGGAUCACUACUCUGUGCCUCCUUCCUCAGAUAUAUUGUUAUUUGUACAAUCCCCAUUCCCAGCAUGAAAAUGUAAGAUUUGGCUCGAUUUCCGCCGUGGUUUUUGCGGCCAUCGUUUACCUCCGCCAAACUGGAUCGAAAGACAAAUGGCUUAGGAAAUAUGGCCAAAAAACGAAAUCCCCCCUAAAAGAGACAAAAGAAAGGAGGUCUGGUGGCUGUUCGGGUAGAGGUGGCCAGGGAGCAGCACUCCCGGUGGUGGCCUGGUGGUGCUUCGGUGGUAGGCUGUUGUUUUUGGUGGAGCCUGAGUGGCCGAUAGGCUAUGCAGUGGUUUUCAGUGGCAGGGUGGCUAGGCGGUGGAGGAGGUCGGGCCGGGCGGUGGCCGCUGGGGUGGCGAUUCGUGGCGACGGAGGAGGCCGAGUAAGGCGGAGGCUGCUGGGGCGGCGGGCCAUGGUGGCGGAGUUGCAAGGGGCUGCGACAGGUGGAGCAGGGCCAGGCGGUGGGGGUCGUGCUGCAAGUGGUGGCCGAGUGAGAGUAGGGCCACCGGGGGCCGGAGGGAGCCUGUCAGCGGAGAAGUUGGGGAGGCCACCGGAAGGGAGGAAGCCGACAAUGGUAGGGCCGGGCCCGCAUGGAUGGUGA